CGCCAAAUGCCACGGUGAUGGAGGAUUUGGACAAAUAAAAAAACUCUACAGGAGGUCUGACUGCGAAAGUAUGGAACAAUUAGCGGCGGUCGUAAACAAGUCGUCGGUAACCAACAUCGCCGUUCGAUACCCAGCAUGGCCAUGGCGGAACUGGAAAGAGUUUCUUGGAGAUCAUUUUAAGGCGCUAGCUGGAAUAAGGAAGUACCAGUACUUCAAAUUUUGCGUCGAUGAACCUGUCGUAGUAACUGUAAGAGCCACCGGAGACGCGACAGCCAUGACAGUAUGCAUCUUGAAGGAUCCUGCAUUCCGGUUCCGGGAUGCUGGUAGACCUGGUAUCGUUCUUGCUGCCGGAUUGAGCAAAGCCAGACAGCACUACCUGCAUAAAACUGUUCGACCCUACGUUCGUCCUGCGUUUCAGGACCGUUUGGGUCCUGAGCCACAAGAAGAUUAACUUAAGAAAAAUAUAUUUGACAUACACUAUGUUUAACAGCGUUGUAUGAUAACAACCUGUGUAUUUCAUUGUAGUGUUGUCUAGGUUAAUCUUCCUAUCCAUGCUGUUCGACCGUUGCUUGGCAACGAUAUUGAAUUAUUGUUCUUUUUUUAUUUUUUUAUUUGCUAUUUAUUAAAAUACGUUUAAAGACGUAAUGAUCGCAUACGACGUUAAUUAUUUAUUACUGCCUGUACCAUAUUGAUUUAACGUUGGCGCGAUUCUGAGCGCGUCUAAAAUGAUGUUGACGUGAUGUUGACGUCAACAUAAAAAUGGAGAGCUUUAAUGACGUUACUUCAUUGCGUAUAUCUUCGGCAUC